AUGGAUUUGAAUAUUGCAACAGCCAGACCAGUCCUGUCCCCAGUGAGCAUCAAUGCUACAGCUCCCCAGGCGUUCACUGUACUUCAAAAGAGGAUGAGGAUAGCAGAAGAGCAGUCAAAUACCUUAAUGAAUGACCUAAUAAUGUUAGGUUUGGGUACACAAAGUCUUAAGACUUCUUCUGCAAUACCUUUAGAGGAUUCUGAGAACCAGAUCAUUCAUCCUCUCCAGGCCAGGGAUCCUUCUGUGGGAGAAAAUAAUGUUUUGUGGAAGAACCGUGAAUCUCUGGUGACUCGUAUGUGCCAACUAGAAAGCAUCAUGCAAGAUCUGAAGGUGAAAAUCUCACAACUUCAGAUUAAAAAAGAGUUCAAGCCACAGAAUUCAGUUUAUAUGAAAGAUCAGCUAAAUGCACUACAGGAAGAGCAUUCACAAGACCUGAGGGAAAUGCAUCUGGAAGUCAUGAAUUUGCAUAAUCAACUGAGAGAUAUGAAGGAAGAAGGAGACAAGACACAAAAUGAAGUUCAAAGGCUGAGUGCUGCUCUGGAGGUUGCAGCAGUGACAAAGCUAAGGGAACAGCUAUCUCACGAGAAGAAUCUACGGGAAUCUCUUGAGGGAUCCCAAGAAGCAAUGCUGUGCAGAGUGCAGGAUAUGGAAACAACAGUUGAGUUGGAGCGAGAACAGGUAAAAGCCCUUCAACAAGACUGCUUAACCCUGAGAAAAAAUAUAGAGACUACUCAAGAACAGCUACUUCAGGAACAGCAACGAACAGCAGAGCUGGAGUCUGACUGUGCAAAACUAAGGACUGAGCUAAGAUCCAAAGAUGACAUCAUUUCCCAGCUACUUGAAGAUGGAAAGACUUUGUACUUGUCUUUUAGCCAAGAGCAUAAAGAGACUACACAUUUAAAGUCUGAGAUGACAUCUCUUCAGGAAACUGCAAAAGAAGUACAGAUGUUAAAUGAUCAAUUGAACAAACAGUGUUCAGACCUGAAUAACAAGCUUCAAACUGUUACUCUGGAGAAUGUCAGACUCAUUGCAGAUCAUCAAGCUAUUCUAAAGACAGAGCAAGAAAAAGUGACUCAAAAGUUGCAGGAACAAGAUUUAAUGUUGGAUGGUACCAGGACCAGUAUUGCAAAAGAGCUACAAAAUGUUCAGAAUGAAAGAAAGCAACUUCAAAAAUGCCUAGAUGCCUUACACCUUGAACACAGCAAAUGUAGACAAAAAGCAAAGGAAACGGAGAAGAGAACAGCAACACAAAAAGAGCUACAAGAGUGUACUAUUGUUAGAUUGCGAGGUGAACUGGAAGUAGCACUGAAAGAGAGAACAUCUCUAUUGAAGGAAAGAGAGAAUCUACACAAGGAGUUAAAGAAAAUAGAAAGUGACAUAACACAAGAGAAAAGCAAACUUGAAAUGGAAUUAAAGAAAAACAAGCAGGAAAUGAGUGCUUUAACUGGUACCCUACAGGCCCUGGAGAAGGAGAAUAGGCAGUUGAUGGAUAGGACGACAACAAUGGAACACCAAAAAGUAAUUCCCGAAAACCAUGAGAAUACCCAGCAGCAGGUGGAGAAGGUCCUGGGAGAAAUUACCGAUAGUAAGAAUAAACUGGCCUAUGAGAAAGGGAAGCUCCAGACAAAAGUUAAACAAUUACAAAAAGAAAUAAACUCUCUUGCUGAUACUCGUUCAGAGAAUGACAAACUACACAAGUUGAAUAAAGCCCUGGAGACGAAAUAUGCUCAGAUGCAAACUAUUCUUGAAAAGAAUGAAGACGAUUUUUCUCGGGCAAUUAAAUCCCGUGAUGCGCCAUCAAGAGAAAGUCAUAAAAUAAGGGGGCACCUGGAGGCUUUGGAAGAAAGGGAAAGGAGCAAGAUGGGAAACUUUCAGCGACAGCUGGCAGAGGCUAAGGAAGAUAACUGCAAAGUCACAGUCAUGCUGGAGAACGUAUUAGCUUCUCACAGUAAAAUGCAAGAAGCUCUGGAGAAGGUGCAGAUGGAAUUAGGGCGGAGGGAUUCAGAGAUUUCGGGCCUCAAGAAAGAGAGGCUUCUAAAUCAGCAGAAGGUACAGAAGCUAGAAGCAGAAUUGGAUGAAUGGCAAUCCAGACUCCUUAUUGUAAAAGCCCAGCACAAUAGCGAGGUGGAACCACUACAUAAUGCACUAGAUGUGUCCAGAGAAGACAAUAGGAAGCUUGCUUUAAGCUUGGAACAGGCUCUGCAGACUAAUACCCAACUCCAAAAAAUGCUGGACCACAUUCAAGAGAAACUGGACAGCAAAGAAAUUGAGGAGCAAACUUUGGAAAAUUAUAGGGAACAGGUAGCUGAGGAAUCCAAAAUGCAGGCUGAGAUGAAUGCUGAACAUAUAGAUUCUUUGAGAAAACAGUUUCAGACUGAGAGAGAGACUGCCAAGAAAGCUGCACAACGGGAAACGAAUGAGCUGAGGAAAGCCCUUGAUGAUGCCAACUCCAGAUCAGUGGAAGUGUCCCGGGCCAACAGAGAGCUGCGGCAGAAAGUGGCAGAACUAGAAAAAACAUUAGCCAGUCUCAAGGAAAAAUUAAAGAGCCAGAGGGCCCAGAUCAAGCACCAUUUAUCUUCCAAGGCUCAAAAUGUCCAGAAUUCAGAGAGAAUGAAGCAAAUAGAAACAGAAUUGAGGCAAGUGGAGCUAAUUAAGGAUCAAUAUCAGAAAAAGAAUUACGAACAGUCAUUGAGUAUCCAGGAAUUUGUGGCUGAAGUGAGCACUCUACAGCGGGAAAUGCAGAUGUUAGCAAAGAGCCAACAUGAUUUAUCAGCACGAAAUAAGCAACAAGAACUACAACUAGAGGCAGAACGAAAAAUUAGGGUAGAGUUGCAGAGUCGGUGCCAGAAAAUGGAAGAAACAAUCAGACACCUAAGAAAAUGUAAAGAGGUAACAGAACAUAAACUGAAAGAAGCCAGCGUGGAAUCAGAACAGAUAACAGCUAACCUAGAAGAAGCUCACCGCUGGUUCAAGUCUAAGUUUGAUGGCCUACAACUGGAGCUUAGCAAAAAUCGGUUACAGCGGCUUCCUCAGGAAGAUAGCUGGAAGGAGGACAUAACUUUUGUAGAUGGGAGUUCCAAGUAUAAUAGGGUACCUGCUCAGUCUGCAUUGCACCGCUGGGAGACUAAACAACGGCUUAGAUAUAUGUCCAAGAAGUACCAAUCAGAGAUGGACAGGAAGUGA